AUGCCUUCCGUGAUGGAAAAAUCCGGCCCGGCCUCCGGGAUCCUGUCGAGGAGCCGGGCGAAAUCGGCCACCAAUGGCAAUCAUCAGACCUCGGAGGAUGAGAGCAGCGAAGAAGAGCAUUCGCAUGACAGCAUGAUUCGGGUGGGGGCUGAUUACCAAGCUGUGAUCCCUGAGUGCAAGCCAGAAAGCCCCGCUCGCUACAGCAACAAGGAGCUGAAGGGGAUGCUGGUCUGGUCGCCCAACCACUGCGUGUCAGAUGCCAAAUGCCACCUCGACUCACAGCUCGUCUCCCUCAAGCGCCAGGUCCAGUGCAUCAAGCAGAUCAACAGCAGCAUGAAGCAGGCCCUGGAGGGUGGGAUCGACAAGCUGCGGCCCCCUGAGGGGAACGGCAAGUUCAACUCGCGCUGGACAACGGACGAGCAGCUGCUGGCUGUGCAGGCCAUCCGCAGGUACGGGAAGGAUUUCCAGGCCGUGGCUGGUGUGAUUGGCAACAAGACGCUGGCCCAGGUGAAAACCUUCUUCGUCAGCUACCGGCGCCGCUUCAACCUGGAGGAGGUGCUGCAGGAGUGGGAAGCUGAGCAGGGGGGCUCCCCAAGGGGCCGCUCCCCCCCCCAUGACACCAAGAGCUCCAGCGUCUCACUUGCCAGCAGCGAGGAGGACGAUGAGGUGCAGAUCACAGCUGUGUCCCGCUCUGCCCAGCAGCAGCCGCAGCCCCCAGCAUCCACUGCAGCGGCUCCGCCCUCUGCCUCCCCCCGGCUGCCACCCACCACGCUGUCGCAACCUCCCCCCUUGCUGCGGCCCACGCUGCCCACAGCGCCCACGCUGCACCGCCAGCCACCCCCUCUCCAGCAGGGACGCUUCCUGCAGCCCAGACUGUCGCCCAACCAGCCGCCCCCGCCACUCAUCCGGCCUGCUGCCUCCCGCCACCAUGGGCGGGGGCCCCAGCACCCCUCCUCGCUGGUGGGCGUGGCCCUGGAGCCCCCUCCCCCAUCCUCCUCCAGCUCCCUCUGAGGUGGGGGGGGGGGAGGCCAGCUGAAGCCCCCUGCUUCCUUAGUGGCCUGGAUCCUGCUUGGUUAAGGGGUCAGGGGCUCCAUCUACCCCAUAGUGACACACUGGGGGUGUCUCUAGGACCCCCCCUCCCCAGGGGAGGGGAGAGACUGAAGGACUUGCAUUGGUUGAACCCAGCCCCCCCAGCGUGGUCCAUUUGGGCUCUAAGUGAAAUCCAGGCAGGGGAGUGGGUACCAAUGCCA